AUGUUGGCAAGAGCUGCUCUUUGUAAUAUAUCUACUGGUGCGUUUGAGCAAGCGAUGCGCGCAUGUGCGUGCGCGUUAAUGGAGGCUGCGUACUGCUCGCUGGUUCAUGCUAGGUGUUGGAGCAAGGUAGGUUCCUGUUUGGACUAUGCGGAUUUUCCCCCGCAUGUGCGGCACGCUUCUCAUCUGCAGCCUAUGCGCAUCGAUCGUGGCUCUAGCGGCCUUUGGGGUAAACAGAGCCGUCUGAGGGACACCAAUAUGUUGCAGGACGCGUUGGACAUGGGCGUGCCUCGAGUUGAAGCUCGUGUAGAAAGUGAUGCAGUGCCUGCGUUGCUGGUGUCUGGAUGCGCCAAGAGGAGGCAAGGGAUGGUUGCACGCGUGCCCUGCGCCGUCAUGAUACUUAACAUCGGCGCAUUCGUCAAUAUGGGAGGGCACGAAAGGUGCUUUUUGGGUGCGCGUAGCUGUGAGGUGGUGCUUGGGUUCGUUGGCCAGCGCGCCACCAUCAUUAGGAACGUCAGGGAGCUACAGGUUUCUAUUGAUCCGUUUGAGCACGCGAUGCGCUCGUAUGCGUGUGGGUGCGCGCGCCAUUUGAGACACUUGAGCUGUUUGGCACGUGAAAUUUCCGACGUUGAGGAGGCGGAGCAGAGUGGAUCACUUGCUGCGGAAAGGCAUGCGUUCUUUGUAGAAUGGCAUAGCCAUGUCGUUGGGCCAUCGUGA